UCCGCUCAGAGUGAUCCUGGAGACUAUGAGUUUGAUGAAUCGCAUGACUUCGACGAGCUAAUUGAUGGCUUGUUUCGUGCUCGAGUUCUCGGUAAAUUUGUCACACACAUGUUCCCAUUCAUGGCUGAUCGUACCUCAGGUGCCGUACCAAAACCUCGAGACGGAUCUUGGGACCUGUUGUACAACAUAGUCAUAGCCAUUGGUGCAUUUGCCGGUGGCCUGGUCGAUACGAACAUCGACUUGACAUACUACAAUAUUGCCAAAGAUAGCAUAUCCCUGUCCCUGCUGGAAAAAGGUUCAAUAUGCUAUGUUCAGGGAUUGGCGCUCAUGGCAAACUACUUACAGAAGAGGAACAAGCCAAACGCUGGUUUUGCCAUGAUCGGAAUCGCGUGGUCAAUGGCUCUUUCGAUAGGCCUACAUCGGGAGUUCGACAGUCCAUCCGCUUCUGUAUACAACAUGGAAAUACGGAGACGAACUUGGUGGACUCUGUUUGUCUUCGUCUCUGGACAUCAGUUGACAUUCGGACGGCCCCCUGCCUCCCUUAUUGGCAUCAAUCUAGGACCUCCCACCAACCUGGAUGACAAGGACUUGGCAGUCGACAUGUUCUCAUUGCCUGCGGCCAGAGAUGGGCCGACGACAGCAACGGCCCUAGUCGCCCAAAUCAAGCUCGCCAGUAUCGGGAACAUGGUCCAGUCUGAGCUACUGACUCAUCAGGUUCCUGCACUUGAGACAGCCCAACAUCUUGAUCAACAGAUAACAACCUGGCUAGCCGAGCUGCCAGCAUACUACGAUCUGAAGAUCACACUGUCGAUGCGAUUCGAGCUUGCCAAACGCAUUCUCAUCUGGAGAUCAUACCAUCUUCGCAUCGUCCUGUUCAGACCUUUCCUCUUCCGUGCAGUGGCCAAGAAUGCCCGACUGUCACCUGAUGAUCGUGGUGUCUGGACUUGUAUCGAGACGGCGGAUACUUGCGUGGACUCGGUGCACAACUUUGUCACGAACAACACAGACUGCAGACGCGGGUUUGCUUGGUAUGCGACGUACUGGUUGCUUACCGCCAGUGUAGUACAUGCUACGUGCUUGGCAUAUGCACCAAACCAUGUGUCGAGAGAUGGUUGGAGGAACAAACUCGAGCUUGCUGUUCAAGCUCUUUGUCAGUUGAGUCGAGCUCAGUCCAUGGCAGAUCACGCGCAGAAGGUGUUGAGUAGACUUCUCGGUAUUUCCAGCUCAUCUGCUACCUCCGCGACACCGUCGAUGCAGCCAAAUGAUCAGUGGCACGCUGUCGGCAAUGCCACCUCCGCUAACCCUGGAGACGGUUCUCAUCCUGCUAACGACAUACAAGAGAUGCUAGAUCCGAUCUUAAUGAGCGAGAACAUGGCAGUACCAAACACCUCUGCAGACCUCCUAUGGUUAUGGUCUCAAAGUGCAGACACAGACUUUCUAGAUGCUGCGGGAAACUUUAUGCUGCAAAACAAU